CAUCGACUUCAAUCUAUGGCGGAUGUAAUGCACCAUGCAGUGCGCUGACCUAUUGAAGAACUAUUGUAAACAGCGCAUUUAGAAAUCAUACAGUUAAAAUAGUCGUUGUCUUAAUAUAAGGAGCUUAUUGUCUAGCGUGAUGAGCAAUCUACGCGUUAUUUUCACUUAUACUGCACUCUUAGGUUUAGUUGGCAUGGGCUAUGCAAUGUGGGCAGCGGUUGCACCUGGGGAGGACAGGAGGAAUCAGUUGAUAAAGAAUCUUCCAGAGUCAAACCCGGUGAGAAUGGAGGAGUCGAGAAGGAGGACCGCGCUCAUCAUGCAAGUGCUUAAAGAAGCUGCGGAGACGCCUGAUAAUAUUGCCAGAGGAACUGGGGGGGCGCAGAAGUAGAGCUACGGGAAAGGCGGACGGUUUCUCUGAAGUCUGGUGGAAAGAGACCGUGUCAACUACAGUGUUCUGGCAUCAGUGACUGAAACGGUCUGAAAUAACUAAUAAUGACCUUAAACUCGUUCCGUAAAGAACGAUCAUUUUCUCAUUGGUGUUAGAACGGAAUUGAAUGUUGUGGAGCACAAGUGUGUUCAGUUAUUGCUGAGUCUCUUAAGAGAAUUUAUAUUUCAAGCUAGAACUGUCCCACCUGAGUUCUCUAUGGUUAUGGCCAACUACAAGCACGAGAUCUUUCACGAGUCAUAGGCUACAAGUCUGGAAAUUCGUGGAAUUAUGACGUGCUCUUUUGUACAUAACUUUGGAUAUCCCGUGUAUUCUCCAAUCAGGACAUUAAGUAAGAGAUUGCCAACCCCUGUUGGCCAAUGCAAGGAUGUUGUGUGCUCAAGAAGGUCAAACUAUUGGCCAUUGGUUACUCUCUAGAAUAGCCAACAGCAUACCGCAUAGCGCGGAAAGGAAAUGUGUUCAAUAAAGGGAUAUGUCUAUUUAUAUUCAACUUUCCCGAUUCGGAAGUUUGAUUGUCAUUGCUAUGUAUAGGUACGUAAAUUAAAUAUGUAAUGACACAACCUGGUGUAAUCCCGUAAUCAUUUUGGUUUGGGCUAUGAAAAUAUUGUUGGGACAUAAAGACUUAUGUCUGUUGUGGGGGGAACUAAAAAGCGUGCUGCACCCAUUUCCGACCGGUUAAUACUGCCCACUUUUUCGGUUGUGUGAAUGCUUGAUCUGAAGGUUGUGUGCAAAUUGUUGCAGAAGGUUCAUUUACUUAAAAUGAAUGCAACUUCAAGCCAAGAAUCUUGAGUGACGUAGGUUAAGGCUUUAUGGCAAACUAACCUAAAAUAUUUCCGAACAUUGCAAUUAGCUAACGCAGUUGAUCUGAGCUUACCAUGGCGACACCACCCGUGGCCACGGCAUCACCACCCCCAGUAUCACCGGAUUCAAGUCAGUUGUUUGGAAACUGUUGGAGUUGUCGGGCUGUCACCGGUGGCGGUUUGUUGAUGUCUGCGGCAUAUGUAUUCCAAGCUGCUCGAAAUGUGAUGAAACAAGGCGGAACAACAUCAGUGGGAACUGUCGCUCAGAUAACUUUUGCAGCAAGUUUGGCUGCUUGGGGAAUGGUGAUCAUUGCUGAUCCGGUGGGGAAAUCGCAGAGGAAGACGUAAACAUGUGAACGUGCCAUUUUCCAAGCUUUGUCACCAACUUCAAGUCUAUCUGUAUUCUGACUUAUAUUUCUGAAAUUGUAAGAGAUGAACUGCAAUAAACAACAAUGCAAUAAACAACUGCUACAAA